AUGGCAGAAAUAGAGAAUAUAUUUUAUCAAAGUGAUAGCGACAGUUUUAAUGAAAGUAGUGAUCUUGAACAAUCUGACGAAGAAUUUUUUAAUGAUCCUUUAAGCGAUAAAGGGGAAUUUCAAAAUGAAAAUGAUGAAGAAUAUAUCGAACUAGAAAGUGAUAACGAUAGUGAAAUUAUUCCAAGACGUACAAGAUGCUUAUCAAGCAGUGAUAGUGAAUCUUCUCGUGCAAAAUUAGAUGAGUGGAUUUGGGAAGAAAAAGAAAAUGUUAAAUGUUAUUAUAACCAGCCGUUACAAUUUAACCCAUCCAAACGAGCCAGGUUUGGAUUAAAAAUAUAUAAACUAUGUGAAGCAAGUACUGGAUUCUGCAGCAAUUUUGAAGUAUAUACUGGCCAAGAUAAAAUUGACCUAAAUGAUAGUGCACCGGAAAAUGUUGUGACGGAAUUGGCAGAAUCGAUACUAAAUAAAGGAUACACAUUGUGCAUUGACAAUUGGUAUUCCUCACCCGCUCUCUUUCUAAGACUGCACAAACAAAAAACAAAUGUUAUCGGCACCGUGCGUAAUAACAGGAAAAAUAUGCCGAGGGAUAUUUCAACAAGACAGUUAAAACCAGGGGAACAUCUACGCAGAACGUGCAAUGGGUUAUUAGCUUUAAGAUGGAAGGACAAACGUGAUGUCUAUAUGUUGACCACGAAACACGCAUCUGUGGAAUUGACCGAAGUGACGGACGAAAACUUUGAGUAUAACAAAGGAAUGAGUGGAAUUGACCUCGAUGACCAAAUGUUGGCAUGUUUCCCCAUUAUGAGGAAAUAUUUCAAGGGUUACAAAAAACUCUUUUUUUAUAUGCCUGAUAUGGCCCUAUUUAAUACAUACGUUAUAAAAAAAACAAUUACAAGAUCCAGGAAGACAAUCAUACGUGAAUUACAGAAUAGGUCUGAUGAUAGUGACAUAAUCUGA